GCAGUCAGAAAGAGAGAGAGAAAAAGAGAGAGAGGGGGAGGUCUUCUGAUGACUCUCUCCAGCCCAGAAACAGUAAACGCUGGAGGAGUCGCUCCUUCAUGAGUCACAGGCUGCCGCAGAUCAGUGAACAGAUCCAUGAUAUGAACUCCAGCACCGCUCUCAGUCUUUAGGCUUCUGAUUUCCCGACGGAGGUCGUGAAGGAACAUUUGUAGUUUAAACGUCUGGUAGUUCUGUGUUUCUUUUUUGUUUUUGUUUUUCCUCUUUCCUCGAUCAGAGAUGCCUGAGGACAUUGGAACAGCCAAACCAGGAGGAGUUAUAGCCUACAUCUCCUCGGGCUCGGCCUCCAACCCCGAGUCUUGUAUGAGCACCAGCCCCAGCAGCGGCAGCGGCUACCUGUCCACGUCGCCGUCUCUGCCCCGCCCCUCGCUGCCCAGCAGGGCCGUGGGCAUGGUGGUGGACAUCGCUCCGCCGGCCAAGAGCGGACAGUCUCGAGGCCACGGCAUGGAGAAGGCCGGACGCUCCUCCACGUCCGCCAAGAGCAGCAUCACGAAAAUCAACGGCAUGGUGCUGCUGUGCAAGGUGUGCGGCGACGUGGCCUCGGGCUUCCACUACGGGGUGCACGCGUGUGAAGGCUGCAAGGGCUUCUUCAGGAGAAGCAUCCAGCAGAACAUCCAAUACAAGAAGUGUCUGAAGAUGGAGAAUUGCACCAUCAUGCGGAUCAACAGGAACCGCUGCCAGCAGUGUCGCUUCAAGAAGUGUCUGGCUGUCGGCAUGUCCAGAGACGCUGUGAGAUUUGGCCGCAUCCCCAAGAGGGAAAAGCAGAGGAUGCUGCUGGAGAUGCAGAACGCCAUGAACAACAUGAUGAGCAACAACAGCCAGCUGCACAGCAUGCUGCACGGCCACCAGAGCCCCUCGCUGCCCAUGGAGGCCAUGGCCAGCGACGUCAGCUCCUCUCCGUCCUCUUCCUCCUUGUCGUCCGCUUCCGACUCUCCAACGUGUUCCAACCCCUCUUCGCCGCAAUGCCCCCAGGACUCGGAGUCCGUCGUUUCCAUGGACACCAACUCCAGCUCCGCCUCCUCCUGCUCGUCGGACAGCAGCGAGGACGAGGCCGUCGUCUCCAUGAACAGGCAGCACCAAGAUGCCUUCGCCUUCAGCCAGCAGAGGUCGCCGAGCCAGCAGGGUCAGGCGUCCUCGCCCUCGCCCGCCGCCACCGCGGCCGCCCCGGAGACGGGGAGCGACAGCCACAUGGAGGAGCAGCAGGAGAGCUGGAACCGCUGGAACAACCACAUGGCUGUGGGCCGCUACCAGCACGGCCCCCCCAGCGGCGGGCAGCACGUCAGCAACACCGCUUAUGGGGAGGAGAGGGCAGUCUACCAGCAGCAGCAGCAGCUCGACAGCGCCCCCAGCUGUGAACAGUCAAAAGACAGCCAAAGACAACAUGAAUAUAACGUACAAACCUCAGACGGUGGCCACGGGCCAGCCAGCUGUGUGAACAGCAGAGCACAUCUGGUGUGUCCGAUGAACACCUCACCUUACGUGGACCCCCGCAAGCCCAGCCAGGAGAUCUGGGAGGAGUUCUCCAUGAGCUUCACCCCCGCCGUGCGGGAGGUCGUCGAGUUCGCCAAGAGGAUCCCGGGCUUCCGCGACCUCCCCGAGCACGACCAAGUGGGCCUGCUGAAGGCCGGGACGUUCGAGGUGUUGAUGGUCCGAUUCGCCUCGCUGUUCAACGUGGCCGAGCGCACGGUGACCUUCCUGAGCGGCAAACGUUACAGCCUGGACACGCUGCGGUUGCUGGGCGCCGGCGAGCUGCUCAACUCCAUGUGCGAGUUCAGCGAGAAGCUGGCGGCCCUGCGGCUGGACGCCGACGAGAUGAGCCUCUUCACCGCCGUGGUGCUCGUCUCAGCCGACCGCUCGGGGAUCCAGGACCUGAACUCGGUGGAGGCGCUGCAGGACAAACUGAUCCGGGCGCUGCGCAACCUGGUGAUGCAGAACCACGGCGACGAGUCAGCCACCACCUUCACCAAGCUGCUCCUCAAGCUUCCCGAGCUGCGCUCGCUCAACAACAUGCACUCAGAGGAACUGCUCUCCUUCAAAGUGCACCCGUGAACCGAAACGCUUCCACCUCCGCCACACACCUGCACCUCCGCCAGGACCGGCCUCUCUCCGCCCCUCAUCGCCCGCCCCGCCCCCGCCGCCCCCCCCGCCGUGCUCGACCAACCCCUGACGCGCGUUUGUUCCCAGAAUGUAUAAAAAGUUAUUUUCUAUUCUAUUUUUGUUAAGUAGGCCACACGGGGUCUGAAGAGAGAACAAUAUAAAAGAUGUACUGUAUUUAUAGAAGAGAUAGCUUAACGCUUGUUGCACACAAACGCGCAGCGGCGAGCGGGUCAGACAUUGUUCGGGGUUUUUUUUUAACUGGCUUUAUGGAAUGACAGUAGAAAACCCAUUGAUUUUGAUUAGAUUUUUUUUUUUUAGAUUUAUAUGAAAAAAAAAAUUCUCCAAAAGCCAUUUAAUUCCAAAGUGUAUUCUCUGACGAGUGAGCGGGUGAAUGUCAGAGACGAUAUAUACUGUACCUUACUCACUCUGUCUGUCUGGUCCAAUGUGUUUUGACUGCUACAUGUUUGCUGAAGGGACGAAGGCAAGCUGUUUGACAAAUGUAUUGACGAAUGUGUGACGAUCGCUGCUACUGCAUGGCUGUACUUAACGCAAAAUGACCUGGAUCUGCUCCCCCCUCGCCUCAGAAAGCAUCAGUCCGCCGUCUCGCUGUAAAUAGUGUCAGAUGUUUUUGUUUUUUUUUUUUUGUUUUUUUUUUCUUCUUCUAUUUAAUUUUGCCGACGUGCUGCACGUCAUCGGGAACUGCCUGUACGCUGCCUGGUGAUUUCUGGGGGGGAGUCGACGCCGCCGUUUUUAAAGCGAAACACGAUGUUUUUGCACAAGCUGUGGAGCGGAAAAAAGAAGACAAGAAAAAACAAAAUUCCACGAUGUGACAGCAUCAUGUAAAGGCAACGUGUAAAUGUAAUCACAGCACUUGAG